GAGCAAACGUGGGCAUUCGCAGUAGCAGGUAAAUGGACUAAAUGCAGAUUGUCGUGCGACAAGGGACAAGCAGAUCAGACUGGCAUUCUAUAUAAUCGUACUGGUUUUCUCUUGUUGAGCACCGGGACGGGACUGGACUGGCAAGGGAGGGGCUGUCAGACUUCACAAAAGCCAGUGAAAUAUCACCCCCCCUCCUCCCCCCACACACUCACACACAUCUGCCUUAAGAAGAGCUGGUGUAAGGAAGACGGUAAGGGAUUGUGGCAUUUGCCACAGCUGAAGUCAAGGCGAUUGUUAGGGAGCGUGGGAAAAGUGCAGGCCAUGGGGAAGUCUAACAGCAAGCUGAAACCUGACGUGGUGGAGGACCUGACCCGCAAAACGUACUUCACAGAGAAGGAGGUGCAGCAGUGGUAUAAGGGCUUCAUUAAAGACUGCCCCAGUGGGCAGCUGGAUGCCGACGGCUUCCAGAAGAUCUACAAGCAGUUCUUUCCCUUCGGAGACCCCACCAAAUUUGCUAACUUUGUUUUCAACGUCUUCGAUGAGAACAAGGACGGGCGUAUUGAAUUUUCUGAGUUCAUCCAGGCCCUCUCAAUCACGUCAAGGGGAACUCUGGAUGAAAAACUCAGAUGGGCCUUCAAGCUGUACGACCUGGACAACGACGGCUACAUCACCCGAGACGAGAUGCUCAACAUCGUGGACGCCAUCUAUCAGAUGGUGGGAAACACAGUGGAGCUGCCUGAGGAGGAGAACACACCGGAGAAACGCGUCGAUCACAUUUUUGCGAUGAUGGACAAGAAUUCUGACGGGCUGCUCACCCUGCAGGAAUUCCAGGAGGGUUCAAAGGCAGACCCCUCCAUAGUGCAGGCUCUGUCCCUGUACGAUGGCCUGGUGUAGUGUUCAGAGCUCCAUGGAUAUCCCAGCUAGUCCAAUUCAGCAGUUUCACUCUUCACUCAGAAUCAGCCCAGUGGCAGGAAGAGGGAAUCAUGGGAACUGAAAAGGGGUGGGCCCUGUGCUGUCAAUCACUCAUCUCCACAUUUGCCAGAAAAAAAACCCAACAAAAAAUAUGCAGGAUUUUUACAGUGUAUGGAACUUUUUCAGGGAGAGCUGCCCGUGCAAUGAGUGGAUUAAUAUUCCUCUGUGAGAAACUUUCUUUUACGAAAAGACUGAAGAGACUGAAGGGAUGAAAUGACGGGAGUUGGGAGUGCCUUUCCGACAGAAAAAGAUGCUGAGGAACAAAAAUGGCAAUGCAUUCUGGGUACAUGAGACAAAGACUUGCAAUGCAUUCUGGGUGCAUGGGCCAAAACCCUGCAGUGCAUUCUGGGUGCAUGGUUUGGGAACCUGCAGUCACAAAACUGAUAACACUUCUACGAGAGAUCCUUGUGGGCCCUGACUUUCUCAGCUGAACUUCAAAUACAUACAAAAAUAAAAUAUUCCCUGGUAGUCACUUUUAAGAUUUUAAAAUACUCGGUUGCCUGAGAAUUCAUGGUGCACUUUCAGGUAAUGUAGAAAGAAGCUACUGAGUGUUAUUUUUAAGUUGUUUAUUUAUUUUGCACUGAUUGCAGUGCUGCAGGUGGGUACACACUCAGGGGUGUCCAGUCUUACCCAGGAAGGGCUGGUUUGUGUGCAGCCUUUGUGUUGGCCCAGCACUAAGACAGCUGAUUCUACUUAUCAAGGUCUUGAUUGAAGCCCAUGAUUAGUUCACUAAUUGAAGUAGGUGUGGUGUAGGCUGGGCUAAGACAGAAACCUGCACCCACACCGGCCCUUUUCAGAUAAAAUUGGACAGCCCUGUUCUGGAGUGACCGCAAUCUUUUCAGGUUCACUCCUGGGGGUGGGGCUUCAGUGUCUUGUGCAAGUUGCUUGUUCUUGUUCUUCGUGUGCUGUGCGGCACACCUUCCCCCUACCCACAAAUUGUGCACACUGCUAGCGUGCGUUUCAGACCCUGUCGGGGUACUGCAGACUUUUAUAUUUGGGUAAAGGCUUAAACCCCAGAAGAACGGGUUUCCAUUUUUUUUACGCUUUAUACUUACGUGCACAUAUCAGACAUCCUUAUCCAGAGUGACACGCAAAGGCUACAGUGUCUUCAGUGUAAAAGGCAGUAGACAGUACUGCUUCUUGGGACUGUGCAGUAUUUCCCCUGACCUGACUGACAACAUGACGCCAGGGGAGGGGAGGCUGCUUCAUAUGUCUUUAUAUUGAGCAUGCUGAUGUGAUUUCAGAUCCAUGGGUUGCAGUGUUUUUAAUUAGAUGUCUUUGAGCCACUCUUAAAGCAUUGUGUUGGAAGCCAAAAAACUUUUCUUCUGAAUUAGGCCUACACUGUCAGACUAUUUCUCUCAAUGCUGUCCCGCCAUCUUGUUCUGAAACAUCAGCCGUGCCCAGUCCUGGUCCUGGAGGGCUCUAGGGUGUAACCGUUUUCAUUGUUCCUCAGUUCUCCACUGAUCAAUUAAAGCAGUUCAUUACAGUUAA